UUGACCUCAAAUGAUCUGUCCACCUCAGCCUCCCAAAGUGCUGGGAUUACAGGCAUGAGCUACCGCGCCUGAUGGUCAGCUAGAACUUUUUAGUCAAAAUUGCAAACCCUAGUUGUAAUGAAAGAGUUUAAAAUAAAAAUAGAGAAAAUAAUUAUUCAAGACUAUUUUCAGAAUCUAUAAGACUACAUAUAUAAAACAUUAUUUCUGUAAGACAAGUUCAUUUACUUAAGGAGUUUGUGACUUCAUUAGAGUCAUUGGUCAGUGUUUCUGAGAACUUUUGGAGACCAUGGAAAAUUGCUGAUGUGUGACUCAAUUUUUAUUUUUGGAAAAUAAUAACAGAUAUUCAUAUCCUUACAAUUCAUAUUAACAAAUGUUAACCUUUUGUGUAUUUGCUUCAGAUGUUUUUUACAAUUGAAAUAAACAUUAUAGAUAAAGUUGUGAAGUACUGUUUGAAUCCUCAGUUCCAUUCUCCCUUCUCAAAGGACUCAACAGUAGCCUUCCUUGAGGACCUGCCUUUCCCAUUGCUGACUGAAGUUAAUGUUUCUUGCUGGCCAAAUCAGGGACAUGCAGGCAUUAGCGGGAUGAGUGGGUGUUCCGGCAGGGAUGUGGUCGUUGACGGCCAGUGAGGGCGAGAGUACCACAGCCCACUUCUUCCUUGGAGCUGGAGAUGAGGGGCUGGGCACCCGCGGAAUAGGCAUGAGGCCAGAAGAGAGUGACAGCGAGCUCCUUGAGGACGAGGAGGAUGAAGUGCCUCCUGAACCUCAGAUCAUUGUUGGCAUCUGUGCCAUGACCAAGAAAUCCAAGUCCAAACCAAUGACUCAAAUCCUAGAGCGACUGUGCAGAUUUGACUACCUGACCGUUAUCAUUCUGGGAGAAGAUGUAAUCCUUAAUGAACCUGUGGAAAACUGGCCAUCCUGCCACUGCCUCAUCUCUUUCCACUCCAAAGGCUUUCCUCUGGACAAAGCUGUUGCUUACUCCAAGCUUCGAAACCCCUUUCUUAUCAAUGACCUGGCCAUGCAGUAUUACAUCCAAGAUAGGAGGGAGGUGUACCGGAUCCUGCAGGAAGAGGGUAUUGAUCUGCCUCGAUAUGCUGUGCUCAACCGUGAUCCUGCUCGGCCUGAGGAAUGUAACCUAAUAGAAGGUGAAGACCAAGUAGAGGUCAAUGGAGCUGUCUUUCCCAAGCCCUUUGUGGAGAAGCCAGUGAGUGCAGAAGACCACAAUGUUUACAUCUACUACCCCAGCUCAGCUGGAGGAGGAAGCCAGCGUCUGUUUCGUAAGAUUGGCAGCCGAAGCAGCGUUUACUCUCCUGAGAGCAGCGUCCGAAAGACAGGGUCAUACAUCUACGAGGAGUUUAUGCCAACAGAUGGCACAGAUGUCAAGGUGUAUACAGUGGGGCCAGAUUAUGCCCAUGCUGAAGCUAGAAAAUCUCCAGCUUUGGAUGGGAAAGUUGAACGAGACAGUGAGGGGAAAGAGAUUCGAUAUCCAGUCAUGCUGACUGCCAUGGAAAAGCUGGUGGCCAGGAAAGUCUGCGUAGCUUUCAAGCAAACGGUUUGUGGAUUUGACCUUCUUCGUGCCAAUGGUCAUUCCUUUGUGUGUGAUGUCAAUGGCUUUAGUUUUGUCAAGAACUCAAUGAAAUACUAUGAUGAUUGUGCCAAGAUUCUGGGGAACACCAUAAUGCGGGAGCUUGCCCCACAGUUCCAAAUCCCGUGGUCCAUCCCCACAGAGGCUGAGGACAUUCCCAUUGUUCCUACCACAUCUGGCACUAUGAUGGAACUUCGUUGUGUCAUUGCAAUUAUUCGUCAUGGAGAUCGUACUCCCAAGCAGAAGAUGAAGAUGGAAGUGACACACUCAAGGUUUUUUGCUCUAUUUGAAAAACAUGGUGGCUACAAGACAGGGAAAUUGAAACUCAAGCGACCUGAGCAGCUCCAGGAGGUACUGGACAUCACAAGGCUGUUGUUGGCUGAACUGGAGAAAGAACCAGGUGGUGAGAUCGAGGAGAAGACUGGAAAACUAGAGCAGCUGAAGUCUGUAUUGGAGAUGUAUGGUCACUUCUCAGGUAUAAACCGGAAGGUGCAAUUGACUUACUACCCUCAUGGAGUAAAAGCUUCUAAUGAGGGACAAGAUCCACAAAGGGAGGCUCUGGCCCCAUCUCUGUUGCUGGUACUGAAGUGGGGUGGAGAACUGACUCCUGCUGGCCGUGUUCAGGCUGAGGAGCUGGGGCGAGCUUUUCGCUGCAUGUACCCUGGAGGACAGGGUGACUAUGCUGGCUUCCCUGGUUGUGGGCUGCUUCGUCUCCAUAGCACUUUCCGCCAUGAUCUCAAGAUCUAUGCCUCUGAUGAGGGUCGUGUCCAGAUGACUGCUGCUGCCUUUGCCAAGGGCCUUCUGGCUCUAGAAGGGGAGCUGACACCCAUUUUGGUACAAAUGGUGAAGAGUGCCAACAUGAAUGGGCUCCUGGACAGCGAUGGGGAUUCCUUGAGCAGCUGCCAGCACCGGGUAAAGGCUCGGCUGCACCAUAUUUUACAGCAGGAUGCACCCUUUGGCCCUGAGGACUACGAUCAGCUGGCUCCCACCAGAAGUACUUCCCUGCUCAACUCCAUGACUAUCAUCCAGAAUCCUGUGAAGGUCUGUGAUCAGGUAUUUGCCCUGAUCGAACACCUCACACACCAGAUCCGAGAACGAAUGCAGGACCCCAGGUCUGUAGACCUGCAACUCUACCACAGUGAAACACUAGAACUAAUGCUACAGCGUUGGAGCAAGCUGGAGCGUGACUUUCGACAGAAGAGUGGGCGCUAUGAUAUCAGUAAAAUCCCUGACAUCUAUGACUGUGUCAAGUAUGAUGUGCAGCACAAUGGGAGUCUGGGACUUCAAGGCACAGCAGAGUUGCUCCGUCUCUCUAAGGCAUUGGCUGAUGUGGUCAUUCCCCAGGAGUACGGGAUCAGUCGGGAAGAGAAACUGGAAAUUGCUGUGGGCUUCUGUCUUCCAUUGUUGCGGAAGAUACUACUUGACCUGCAGAGAACCCACGAAGAUGAGUCUGUCAACAAGCUGCAUCCCCUGUACUCCCGAGGUGUGCUCUCCCCAGGUCGCCAUGUUCGAACACGUCUCUAUUUCACCAGUGAGAGCCAUGUCCACUCCCUACUCAGUGUCUUCCGUUAUGGGGGUCUUCUUGAUGAGACCCAGGAUGCACAAUGGCAGCGAGCUUUGGAUUAUCUUAGUGCCAUCUCAGAGCUUAACUACAUGACCCAGAUUGUCAUCAUGCUUUAUGAGGACAACACACAGGAUCCCUUAUCAGAGGAACGGUUCCAUGUGGAGCUACACUUCAGCCCUGGAGUGAAAGGUGUUGAGGAAGAAGGCAGUGCCCCAGCUGGCUGUGGAUUCCGUCCAGCCUCUUCUGAGAAUGAGGAGAUGAAAACCAACCAAGGCAGUAUGGAGAACCUGUGCCCAGGAAAGGCAUCAGAUGAGCCAGACCGGGCACUGCAGACUUCACCCCAGCCUCCUGAGGGCCCUGGCCUCCCAAGGAGAUCACCCCUCAUUCGUAACCGAAAAGCUGGUUCCAUGGAGGUCAUGAACAUGCAGUGCACGGGGAACCUGGACCUGAUCCCCUUGCGGGGACGGCGCCGCAGGAGGUCAGGAGACCUCCCCCGGCCUUCCCCAGCCAUCGGCCUGCAGCCCUGGGCUGUGUCCACCACUCACCUGGCGUCCUGCACACAGGUACUUUCUGAGACUUCAUCCUCAAGGCCUGGUGGCUACCGGCUCUUUUCAGCUUCACGGCCACCCACAGAAAUGAAGCAGAGUGGCCUAGGCUCACAGUGCACAGGGCUGUUCAGCACCACAGUGCUGGGUGGCUCCUCCAGCGCCCCGAAUCUUCAGGACUACGCCCGCAGCCAUGGCAAAAAGCUACCACCUGCCAGUCUGAAGCACCGAGAUGAGCUCUUGUUUGUCCCGGCCGUAAAACGAUUUUCUGUGUCGUUUGCAAAGCAUCCGACUAACGAGCUGCUGGAUGACCAGCACCCUGUGGUCCGGUUGCUGCGCAGUUUUUCCUCUGACUGUACAGGGGGCCGGCCAGUCUCCUUGGAUGCCACGCUGGCGCAUCACCUGCACCAGUGCUCCUACCACCUGCGCCUCUUCCGGAACUGGCUGCGCUCAGGCCAGGAUGACCCCGAGUGCCUCUACGGAUUUGAAGGGUGUUCCAUGGUGCCUACCAUCUACCCUCUGGAAACACUGCAUAAUGCCCUUUCCCUACGUCAAGUGAGUGAAUUCUUGAGUAGGGUCUGCCAGCGCCACACUGAUACCCAGGCACAGGCAUCUGCAGCCCUCUUUGAUUCCAUGCACAGCAGCCAGACCUCAGACAGCCCAUUUUCCCCACCACGUACUCUUCAUUCACCUCCCCUGCAACUCCAGCAGCGCUCUGAGAAACCCCCUUGGUACAGCAGUGGCCCUUCUAGCACUGUGUCCAGUGCUGGUCCUUCUUCCCCUACUACGGUAGAUGGUAACUCCCAGUUUGGCUUCAGUGAUCAACCCUCCCUAAAUUCACACGUGACUGAAGAACGUCAAGGCCUUGGUCUGCUCCAGGAGACCCCUGGGAAUGGAGCACAAGAGCUCUCCAUAGAAGGGGAACAAGAGCUUUUUGAACCAAAUCAGUCCUCACAGGUACCACCUGUGGAAACCAGCCAGCCAUACAACAAGGAGGUGGCUGAGGAGGUCAUUCAGCCAUGUCAGGAGGUCCCUGACAUCAGCCAGCCAUGCCAGAACAUUUCUGAGGAGCUCAGCCAGCCAUGUCAGGAGGUCCCUGACAUCAGCCAGCAAUGCCAGGAGCACCAUGACAAUGGUAACCACACAUGCCAGGAGGUCCCUCAGAUCAGCCAGCCAUGCCAGACGGCCAGUCAACUGUGCCAGAAAGUCUCUGAGGAAGUUUGCCAGCUGUGUCUGGAGAACCCUGAGGAGGUCAGCCAGCCAUGCCAGGGGGUCUCUGUGCAGGUUGACAAGCUGGUCCAUAGGUUCCAUGUAGGCGCUGGUGGCUUGGUUCAGGAAACCCUUAUAGAAGUUGGCAGGCCAGCUGAAGAGAUCCCUGAGGAGGUCAGCCAGCCGUACCCGGAGUUCUCUGUGGAGGUUGGCAGGCUGGCCCAGGAGACUUCUGCAUUCAAUCUGUUGUCUCAGGGCAUUCCUGAGAUUGAUAAACCAUCCCAAGAGUUCCCUAAGGAGAUUGAUCUGCAGGCCCAGGAGGUCCCUGAGGAGAUAAAUUAGAAGUCCUGGGUGGUUCCUGAGGUGGUUGAUCAGCUGCCUGGAGAGGGUAUUCCUCAAGCCCAGAAUCCAUCUGGUGAUCCAAACACUCAGAGGCAGUCUCUAGCCCAUGACCAGCACUCACCCUUUCCACCAGCAACAUGUAAUUAAUUUUCUCAUUAGUGGUGUCACACUAUACCAGCCAUUUGAGCCAGCAACCUUUUCUCUUGGCUAACUCGCUGGCCGGCUCUCACCAGCAGUGUCUGGGGAAGCAGUUCCCUUGGUAUGAAGCGUACCUGUGCUAGAGCUGUGCUUGAGGAGGAGCCAGUUUUAGGUUCAAAGAAGCCAUUGGCUCUUCACUUAGCCAUUAGACUUGAAUAGGAUUUCCUUGGGGUGGGUUGGUCUGUCAUUACCCAGCCUUCUCUGAGCAUCCUAGGAAAUCACAGAUUGUUAAAGGAAAUGCUGCUUCAUUGCUGAAGACACCAUCUGGGGACAGCAAAUGCAAAAGAGGGGACUCUAGGGUCUUCACUUUCCUGGGAAAACAUUCAUGACUUCUCAAGGUACCCUUAGACCAUAUGUGCAUUCAGGGGACUCUUGUCUUUGCCAGCACUCCUCAGGUGAGCCAGGAUGGCCAUCUGAAAUGUCUGGAAAAUAGAGUCCCCUCUCCAAACAAACAUCUGUCAUGGCCACUAAUCUUUAGACUUGCCUUACAGAUCUUUCCAUAUCAUCCCCAAGUGCCCCUUCUGCCUCAGUCCUGUUUCUCUGGGCAGUAGCUCUAGGGAAAAGUAGGUAUUAGACUGCUGUGCAAAAUUCAGAGCACUUACUUAAAAUGCCCUAGAGGGUUCUUAGCCAGUCUGUGAAACUGGGUCUCCCUUUGUGGUGGGGCUGUUUGGCUUAGGAGAUGCUGUAGUAGUAGAGAUAAUCAGGUUUUAUUUUAAGCAAUCAGCAGAGAUCAAUAUUGUACAGAUACAAGCAAAGGUUUAAUAAAUAUAUAUAUACAUAUAUAUAUAUAUAUAUUUAUUUCUGUAGUUGUGCCAGGGACAGACUGGCCAAAGACCAAACACUCCAGGUUCCCCAAGAAAUUUAUACUUAUAUCAUUGUGUCUGAGGGCCAGAUAUGAUUAUGAAGCUUUUUCCAAAGAUCUGGGGAUGGGAAUGGGAGGGGGUAGGAGGGGUAAUGCAGUCAUUGGAGUUGGGGGCCAGAACAUUGUGAGUGCUUAAUAAAUAUAAAAUGAUGAGAAUGGUG